AGGCGGAGUUUCGCUAGGACCUACGCGGGGCAGUCUGACCGCAGCGGUCCUGGGAGGCGCCCGCGCACGUUGGAGCGGCUCCCCGUCCUCCGCAGCCGUCACCGCUGGCCGUCGCCGCGCCCUGGCCUCCCGCGCUCGCGCACUCCUGCCCGCCGCCCACCUCCCACCUCGAUGCGGUGCCAGGCUGCUGCGUGAUGGGGCUGCGGAGAGGCGCCCUGCGGCUCGCGGCGGCAGCUGCUCGCGCUGAGGUGCGUCGGUGCCCGGCUCCUCGCGCCGCCGCGCGCCGCGGCUCCUGUUGAUCCGGUCCGCCCUUCGGUCUGCAGCGCGGCUGAGGAAACUUGGCUAUAACUUCAAAAGAAGAUUUGGUUCUUUAUUUCUGGACUGCAUAUAUAUAACAAGGCCAUUAAAAUGUCGGGAGCCUCAGUGAAGGUGGCUGUCCGGGUAAGGCCCUUCAAUUCUCGAGAGACCAGCAAGGAAUCCAAAUGCAUCAUUCAGAUGCAAGGCAACUCGACCAGUAUUAUUAACCCAAAGAAUCCAAAGGAAGCUCCAAAGUCCUUCAGCUUCGAUUAUUCCUACUGGUCUCAUACCUCGCCCGAAGAUCCCUGUUUUGCAUCUCAAAACCGUGUGUACAAUGACAUUGGCAAGGAAAUGCUCUUACAUGCCUUUGAGGGAUAUAAUGUCUGUAUUUUUGCCUAUGGGCAGACUGGUGCUGGAAAAUCUUAUACAAUGAUGGGUAAACAAGAAGAAAGCCAGGCUGGCAUCAUUCCACAGUUAUGUGAAGAACUCUUUGAGAAAAUCAAUGACAACUGUAAUGAAGAAAUGUCUUACUCUGUAGAGGUGAGCUACAUGGAAAUUUACUGUGAGAGAGUACGAGAUUUGCUGAAUCCAAAAAACAAGGGUAAUUUGCGUGUGCGUGAACACCCACUUCUUGGACCCUACGUGGAGGAUCUGUCCAAGUUGGCAGUUACUUCCUACACAGACAUUGCUGACCUCAUGGAUGCUGGGAACAAAGCCAGGACAGUGGCAGCUACGAACAUGAAUGAAACAAGUAGCCGUUCCCACGCUGUGUUUACGAUUGUUUUCACCCAGAAGAAACACGAUAAUGAGACCAACCUUUCCACUGAGAAGGUCAGUAAAAUCAGCUUGGUGGAUCUAGCAGGAAGUGAACGAGCCGAUUCAACUGGUGCCAAAGGGACUCGAUUAAAGGAAGGAGCAAAUAUUAAUAAGUCUCUUACAACUCUGGGCAAAGUCAUUUCAGCCUUGGCUGAGGUGAGUAAAAAGAAGAAGAAAACGGAUUUUAUUCCCUACAGGGAUUCUGUACUUACUUGGCUCCUUCGAGAAAAUUUAGGUGGCAAUUCUCGGACUGCAAUGGUUGCUGCUCUGAGCCCCGCGGAUAUCAACUAUGAUGAGACUUUGAGCACUCUGAGAUAUGCAGAUCGUGCAAAACAAAUUAAAUGCAAUGCUGUUAUCAAUGAGGACCCCAAUGCCAAACUGGUUCGUGAAUUAAAGGAGGAGGUGACACGGCUGAAGGACCUUCUUCGUGCUCAGGGCCUGGGAGAUAUUAUUGAUAUUGAUCCAUUGAUCGAUGAUUACUCUGGAAGUGGAAGCAAAUAUCUGAAAGAUUUUCAGAACAAUAAGCAUAGGUACUUGCUAGCCUCUGAGAAUCAACGCCCUGGCCAUUUUUCCACAGCAUCCAUGGGGUCCCUCACUUCAUCCCCAUCUUCCUGCUCACUCAAUAGUCAGGUGGGCUUGACGUCUGUGACCAGUAUUCAAGAGAGGAUCAUGUCUACACCUGGAGGAGAGGAAGCUAUUGAACGUCUAAAGGAAUCAGAGAAGAUCAUUGCUGAGUUGAAUGAAACUUGGGAAGAGAAGCUUCGUAAAACAGAGGCCAUCAGAAUGGAGAGAGAGGCUUUGUUGGCUGAGAUGGGAGUUGCCAUUCGAGAAGAUGGAGGAACUCUAGGGGUUUUCUCACCUAAAAAGACCCCACAUCUUGUUAACCUCAAUGAAGACCCACUAAUGUCUGAGUGCCUACUUUAUUACAUCAAAGAUGGAAUUACAAGGGUUGGCCAAGCAGAUGCUGAGCGGCGCCAGGACAUAGUGCUGAGCGGGGCUCACAUUAAAGAAGAGCAUUGUAUCUUCCGGAGUGAGAGAAACAACAGCGGGGAAGUUAUCGUGACCUUAGAGCCCUGUGAGCGCUCAGAAACCUACGUAAAUGGCAAGAGGGUGUCCCAGCCUGUUCAGCUGCGCUCAGGAAACCGUAUCAUCAUGGGUAAAAACCAUGUUUUCCGCUUUAACCACCCGGAACAAGCACGAGCCGAGCGAGAGAAGACUCCUUCUGCUGAGACCCCAUCUGAGCCUGUGGACUGGACAUUUGCCCAGAGAGAGCUUCUGGAAAAACAAGGAAUUGAUAUGAAACAAGAGAUGGAGAAAAGGCUACAGGAAAUGGAGAUCUUAUACAAAAAGGAGAAGGAAGAAGCAGAUCUUCUUUUGGAGCAGCAGAGACUGGACUAUGAGAGUAAAUUGCAGGCCUUGCAGAAGCAGGUUGAAACCCGAUCCCUGGCUGCAGAAACAACUGAAGAGGAGGAAGAGGAGGAAGAAGUGCCUUGGACACAGCAUGAAUUUGAGUUGGCCCAGUGGGCCUUCCGGAAAUGGAAGUCUCAUCAAUUUACUUCAUUACGGGACUUACUCUGGGGCAAUGCCGUGUACCUAAAGGAGGCCAAUGCCAUCAGUGUGGAAUUGAAAAAGAAGGUGCAGUUUCAGUUUGUUCUGCUGACUGACACACUGUACUCCCCUCUGCCUCCUGAAUUACUUCCCACUGAGAUGGAAAAAACUCACGAGGACAGGCCUUUCCCUCGCACAGUGGUAGCAGUAGAAGUCCAGGAUUUGAAGAAUGGAGCAACACACUAUUGGUCUUUGGAGAAACUCAAGCAGAGGCUGGAUUUGAUGCGAGAGAUGUAUGAUAGGGCAGGGGAGAUGGCCUCCAGUGCCCAAGACGAAAGCGAGACCACUGUGACUGGCAGCGAUCCCUUCUAUGAUCGGUUCCACUGGUUUAAACUUGUGGGGAGGGCAUUUGUUUACCUGAGCAAUCUGCUGUAUCCUGUGCCCCUGAUCCACAGGGUGGCCAUCGUCAGUGAGAAAGGUGAAGUGCGGGGAUUUCUGCGUGUGGCUGUACAGGCCAUCGCAGCGGAUGAAGAAGCUCCUGAUUAUGGCUCUGGAAUUCGACAGUCAGGAACAGCUAAAAUAUCUUUUGAUAAUGAAUACUUUAAUCAGAGUGACUUUUCGUCUGUUGCAAUGACUCGUUCUGGUCUGUCCUUGGAGGAGUUGAGGAUUGUGGAAGGACAGGGUCAGAGUUCUGAGGUCAUUACUCCUCCAGAAGAAAUCAAUCGAAUGAAUGACUUGGAUUUGAAGUCAAGCACUUUGCUGGAUGGUAAGAUGGUAAUGGAAGGGUUUUCUGAAGAGAUUGGCAACCACCUGAAACUGGGCAGUGCCUUCACUUUCCGAGUAACAGUGUUGCAGGCCAGUGGAAUCCUCCCAGAGUAUGCAGAUAUCUUCUGUCAGUUCAACUUUUUGCAUCGCCAUGAUGAAGCAUUCUCCACGGAGCCCCUCAAAAACAAUGGCAGAGGAAGUCCCCUGGGCUUUUAUCAUGUGCAGAAUAUUGCAGUGGAGAUCACUGAAUCGUUUGUGGAUUACAUCAAAACCAAGCCUAUUGUAUUUGAAGUCUUUGGGCAUUAUCAGCAGCACCCGCUUCAUCUGCAAGGACAGGAGCUUAACAGUCCGCCUCAGCCAUGCCGCCGAUUCUUCCCUCCACCCAUGCCUCUGUCCAAGCCAGUUCCAGCCACCAAGUUAAACACGAUGAGCAAAACCAGCCUUGGCCAGAGCAUGAGCAAGUAUGACCUCCUGGUUUGGUUUGAGAUCAGUGAACUGGAGCCUACAGGAGAGUAUAUCCCAGCUGUGGUUGACCAUACAGCAGGCUUGCCUUGCCAGGGGACAUUUUUGCUUCAUCAGGGCAUCCAGCGAAGGAUCACAGUGACCAUUAUCCAUGAGAAGGGGAGCGAGCUCCAUUGGAAGGAUGUUCGUGAACUGGUGGUCGGUCGUAUUCGGAAUAAACCUGAGGUGGAUGAAGCUGCAGUUGAUGCCAUCCUCUCCCUAAAUAUUAUUUCUGCCAAGUACCUGAAGUCUUCCCACAACUCUAGCAGGACCUUCUACCGCUUUGAGGCUGUGUGGGAUAGCUCUCUACAUAACUCCCUUCUUCUGAACCGAGUGACACCUUAUGGAGAAAAGAUCUACAUGACCUUGUCGGCCUACCUAGAGCUGGAUCAUUGCAUCCAGCCGGCUGUCAUCACCAAGGAUGUGUGCAUGGUCUUCUAUUCCCGAGAUGCCAAGAUCUCACCACCACGCUCUCUGCGUAGCCUCUUUGGCAGUGGCUACUCGAAGUCACCAGAUUCGAAUCGAGUCACUGGCAUUUACGAACUCAGCUUAUGCAAAAUGUCAGACACAGGUAGUCCAGGCAUGCAGAGAAGGAGAAGAAAAAUCUUAGAUACCUCAGUGGCAUAUGUGCGGGGAGAAGAGAACUUAGCAGGCUGGCGGCCCCGUGGAGACAGUCUCAUCCUUGAGCACCAGUGGGAGCUGGAGAAGCUGGAGCUCCUACAUGAGGUGGAAAAAACCCGCCACUUUUUGCUGCUGCGUGAGAGACUUGGUGACAGCAUCCCCAAAUCCAUGAGUGACUCAUUAUCCCCCAGCCUUAGCAGUGGGACCCUCAGCACCUCCACCAGUAUCUCCUCUCAGAUCUCAACCACCACCUUUGAAAGCGCCAUCACACCCAGCGAGAGCAGUGGCUAUGAUUCAGCAGACAUCGAAAGCCUGGUGGACCGAGAGAAAGAGCUGGCUACCAAGUGCCUGCAACUUCUCACCCACACUUUCAACAGAGAAUUCAGCCAGGUGCACGGCAGCAUCAGUGACUGUAAGUUGUCUGAUAUCUCUCCAAUUGGACGGGAUCCCUCUGAGUCCAGUUUCAGCAGUGCCACCCUCACUCCCUCUUCCACCUGCCCCUCUCUGGUAGACUCUAGGAGCAACUCUUUGGAUCAGAAGACCCCAGAAGCCAAUUCCCGGGCCUCUAGUCCCUGCACAGAAUUUGAACAGUUUCAGAUUGUCCCAGCUGUGGAAACGCCCUAUUUGGCCCGAGCAGGAAAAAACGAAUUUCUCAAUCUUGUUCCAGAUAUUGAAGAAAUGAGACCAGGCUCAGUGGUCUCUAAGAAAGGAUACCUUCAUUUCAAGGAGCCACUUUACAGUAACUGGGCUAAACAUUUUGUUGUCGUCCGUCGGCCUUAUGUCUUCAUCUAUAACAGUGACAAAGACCCUGUGGAGCGUGGAAUCAUUAACCUGUCCACAGCACAGGUGGAGUACAGUGAGGACCAGCAGGCCAUGGUGAAGACACCAAACACCUUUGCUGUCUGCACAAAGCACCGUGGGGUCCUUUUGCAGGCCCUGAAUGACAAAGACAUGAACGACUGGUUGUAUGCCUUCAACCCACUUCUCGCUGGCACAAUACGGUCAAAGCUUUCCCGCAGAUGCCCGAGCCAGCCGAAAUACUAAGUGACUCUGCCGAGUGCCCUCACUCGCCUUCGAGAGAUAAAACGUUACCUCUCAUUUCUCUUUGUGAUUCUUGACGGUGACUCUUGUAUGUAAUCCUGUGGCUUAACUACUUCUCCCUCCUUGUCCAGCACUUUUCCAGCUCUCCCGUCCCCAUCUCCAUUGCUCUGUACUCUUUUCUUUUUUCCUGUGCUGAGAAUCUUGUUAGUAGCAUGUGGCCUAACAAAAGGAAAAAAUGUUUUUAAAUACACACAAACACACACACACAAACACAAAAGCUCUGAGGGGAUCUGGUGAAUCUCCAAAUAAUUGUGGGUGUACUUUGGCUUCCUUUUGUAUGAUAGGUCCCCAUCAUGACCACCUCUGAUGUCUGUGCUGCUGUCACCAGACACCUUUGUCUGUUUUUGAAGACAACAUGAUACUUUUUUCUUCUUUUCUCUGUUUGUGAUAUCACUUUAAUUUUUCUUGGGUGGCUUAGAGACUAAGGGAGGAGACAUCUGGCCUUUUUAGAACCUGAGAGGAAAAAAACAAUCGUUUUUUCCCCUUCUGUCUCUUUUUGCCAAGGCUAAUCCCUGCAUUUCCAUUCGGGGAAAAGGUGGUGGUGAGCAUAGAACUGGAACAGUUAUAUUCUGAGUCAAAGUUGGGGCUUUUUAGAGCAUAAUUAUGGAAUUUUUAUUUACUGGUAGAGAGAAGAGAGGCUUUUUCAGUGGGCCUGGGACAGUGGCUGCUCUUGACCUCGUGUGAAGGGAAAUGCCAAGAAUGCUUCAGGUGGACUUCAGGGGACCCCAGGGUUUGGCUGUGGGCCAUGACGGCAGCAGGCAGCGGGAGGCUUGUAGCUCCUCACAGCAGAAUUCCUGCCCACUGUUUUUUCUCUGCUGGGAGGGAAGCUCUUUUCUAGGAGUGUCUCAGUUCUGAUUUUGGCAUUAAUGAUGGUGGUGGCACAGUUGGAAUUAGUGCCAUGUCAUACAUAAAUGUUCCACAAGGCGGGAGUGUUUCACUUUCUGGUGAUAAACUUGAUGGUCACUGUUAUGAUUAAGAUAAUGCUGGGUAGGCCGGGCACAGUGGCUCACGCCUGUAAUCCAAGCACUUUCGGAGGCCGAGGCGGGCAGAUCACGAGGUCAGGAAUUCAAGACCAGCCUGGCCAAUAUGGUGAAACCCCGUCUCUACUAAAAAUACAAAAUUAGUCGGCAUGGUGGCACACUCCUGUAAUUCCAGCUACUUGGGAGCCUGAGGCAGGAGAAUUGCUUGAACCCAGGAGGCGGAGGUUGCAGUGAACCAAGAUUGCGCCACUGCACUCCAGCCUGAGUGACAGAACAAGACUCCAUCUCAAAAAAAAAAAAAAAAAAGAUAAUGCUGAAUAGUGACCUUGUGAUUGUUACAGCUCCCUUUGAUCAAAGAAAUGUAGCUUUCAGGCAUACACUUGGAAGUCGCCCUCUGAAUCCAGCAGUCAUUUUCACUGAUGCUUGUCAAGUGGAAGAUGCUUUCAGUGAUGCUCUCUAUACUCAUAAAUAAGCAAAUGUGGCAGGCUUUGCUUUCUGGAUCCCAGGAUUAAAACUAACUGUGACCACUACUCCAAACAAAACACAAUAUGCCUAGGGGCACAGAAGGGCGUCCGGGGAGCCUGGGCCGCAGGGUUUGUUGCGUAUUCCCUGCUCGUCUCCAUCUGGUGUGGAAACACUGCCCAGGGAGAACGGAGGGUGCUCACUGUGGACAGAGUCUUCUUUCCUUCUGACAGACCAGGUCAUCUGGCUUCUGAGACCAUCAGAGAAGAUAAGUCUGUCUCUUUCAGCUGCCAGUAAGUUUUCCAGGAUGAGAGGGGACAAGGAAAGCCUCCAGAGACUUCAGUUGCUUUGCCAGUUGUCUUGGGAUUGUUUUACACCAUCCUUUACUUCCCUUGCUCAGACCUCUCUGUUUCACCAUCGCUCAGGCAUUCAGGAAGGUAUCUGCUCGCUCCUACUUGGUGAGGUCCUCGGCCUUGAGGUUGCUGACUCUCAGGCGAUAGGUAGCUGGAUGACUUCUCGCUUCAUGCAGCAGAGGCCAGGGCCUCGCACGCCUCUGCAGAGUUGUUGCUAGGGAGACUUGUGUCGUCGUCCACACCUUUAUUUCUCACUUCCUGGUUGGGCUCAUCUCUGAAGAACAGGUCUCCCAGCUUCGCUCCUUAUCACUGCAUUGUGAAGAGGAGGAAAAGUGACUCACGGAGAGAGAAAGGAGAGGAUAGAAUCACAGGCUGUGUCUGUACCUGAAAAGUGACCAGCGGAAACUCUAUGGUGGAUUUUUUUUUUUAAUUUUCUUUCUCCCAUUAAAACAUGGGUCACUAACUCUGAUGUUACUUGUUUUCUAAGUGGUAUGUGAGAUUUUUUAAUGUAGUUAGAAGUUUCAUUGUCUGAUGGACACCAUAUGCCCUUCUAGUUCUAUUCAAACCAGCAGGAUCUGUCGGUGCUUAGAGAUGGCUGCCUGGACUGGAAUCAAAUCUAAUUUCAGGGACAUGAAGAUGGAAUUUGAAGGUCACUUUUAAAAUUAAGUCAUUGAUGCUGCUGUUACAAAGUGUGACAGAGGAUCCAUGUCUGUGACACAGGACAGUGAGAAGCCUGAGAGUUUGAAAUGUGAUAGAUACACUGAAAUGACUUUGGUUUUUCUUCUAACUCAUACAAAACUGGUUUGGUAAGUCUUUGCUUUGGAAGUAUCGGACAUUAGAAUAGGCCAAACUGGACUGUCUCUUCAUAGCGUGCCCGGAUAAGAAAGCCUCUUAGGGAGCCAGAAGGAGCAGAGUGGUCGUGUUCUGCAUGCUCUCCACCCUCUGGGGAGCCCCUGCUGCGGCUGGCAGGUACAGACAGCCUCUGCUGGCCCCCAGCACGUCCAGGGUGGGUGCUCCUUUGCCCGACAGACCCAUCCCCACUCUGAAGCUCUCAGAGAAGGUUUGUGGCAGGAACUGUUUAUGAGGCUCUAGUUGUUGCUGUUGUGGCGGGAAAGUUAAGAAACCCAGCCCUUAAGGAAACCACCUUUAUUUAUUUAUUUAUUUUCUUAAAGCACGCCUUUAAAUAAGCAAAAAAUGUAAAAGGCAGGAAAGAGAAUUCUUAGGCAAAUUCAAAGAAAUGAGUGUUAGUUAAAACUAAUCACCUCCUCCUCUCUCUCUCAUCCUCCUUUCUCCCGUCAAAGCAAAAUAUGGCCUCACUACCAGCCCCAAAUCAGUGCUCAGACCCUCUCUGUGUCUGUGUCCCCUCCUGGGAGUCAGUCAGCGCUCAGGCCAGGACUGUGCAGGGUCGGCCAGCCCAUGCGCUAGUCAGGAGCACAGGCAAGGGCUGCCUGUGGCAGUGGCCGGGCACCUGAGCCCCAGCUCGUUGUUAAACGUGCUGACCGCAAGGGGCAAUGGAGUGAGUUUCCCAACUAAGAAACCACUAUUAUUUGAUAUGUUUUUUUUCCCUUCAGUCAUAUAGACUUCAGAUAACUGCUCCUAUUUUUUAUGGAUUUUUCAGCUCAUUUCAGAUGAAGGAACUAAGUCAUUGUGAACUGUCUCUUGGGAUCUAAAAACAAGAUGACUUUGCCUGGCACAUAUUCCAAAGCAAAGACUUUGUUGCCUGCUGCUUAUUAUCUAAUUUACAGGGAUAUUUAAUUUUGUCAGGUCUAUGUAUAUUUAUCCAGCUAUACUUACUUGCAUAGUGGAUUGGAGAGAAGAGAUCCUCCAGUGUGCACACUCAUCGCUACUCUUUCCGCAUUUCCCUCAUGCUGUGUCCUGCUCGGGUUCCAAGGGACAGUAUCAGGGCUUGUUUCACUUGGGUCUUUCAGUUUUUCUUUUGGUUCCCUUUUAAAAUGUGAUUGUUAACCUGCCCCUUAAAAAGAAAAAAUUCAGCUGGGUGUGGUGGCUCACGCCUGUAAUCCCAGCACUUUGGGAGGCCAAGGCAGGUGGAUCUCCUGAGGUCAGGAGUUCGAGACCAGCCUGGCCAACAUGGUGAAACCCCGUCUCUACUAAAAAUACAAAAAGUAGCCGGGGGUGGUGGCGGGUGCCUGUAAACCUAGCUACUCGGGAGGCUGAGGCAGGAGAAUCGCUUGAACCCGGGAGGUGGAGGCUGCAGUGAGUUGAGAUUGCGUCAUUGCACUCCAGCCCAGGUGACAAAGCAGGACUCUGUCUCAAAAGAAAAGAUUGAUUUUGCUGCUGCUCCCAGGUUUGCUGGAUGUGUUUACAUAGGACUCUAACUUGUGUGCACUACAGUUGUUCACCAGGGCCAGUGAUUCACCUGGUGUGUGGCCAGACCAUGACUGUGUAGCAGGAAUGUUUUAAUUUGUGCUUCUUUAGUAAAUGGAAAUAUCAGCUGAGAGAUUAUUUGCUGCUAUUGUUCAAAAGGCCAUUUAUGAAGUUAGUAUUUGAGCCCCAUAGGAUCUUUAAAAAGCCUCCAAUCAUUUAAAGGAAGAAAUCAGAGUUGCUAUAAAAUUCAUGUAAAAAGCUCACAGCCAAACGGCUGUGCUCGGAUGGAAAGUCUGAGCUGAGGUUGGUCUCUUGCCAAAUCCUGGCUGUUGUGUGUUGUUCUUCAUGUCUUCGAGUUCUUUUUUUUUUCAUUCUGCGUAUUCUGGCAUCAGUUCACCUGAGGAGUCCACCAGCCUUCUUGUAUUUAAGGCAUCGUCUUAGACUUUGUGGCUCUAAAGUACUUGUCUGUUGAGAUUGCAAGUCUCUUGUCACCAUCCUCACACAUGACAACAAAACCCAUAAUGCAUAAGUGGCCUUUUUGAACCAAGACUUUGCAAACUGAUCUCUCCCCAGUGAAGGAGUUGAGCACAUUAGCAACAAUGUACAUUAUUAAUUUUGGAUUUUCAUUUUCAUGUUUUAUUUUGUAAAUAUUACCUGAUGUUUGGAGCUUGAGUAUACAGACUGUAAAUAUAGUUCUUGUAUUUGUACUAAUUCUGAUUCUUUUGCUGUAUAGCCUUAGAUGUGCAAUGCAGACAUUAUCUAACUGUGUAUGGUAACCUUGCAUCACGGAACUAUUAGUGAACGAGGUAAAAAUAAUAAAGGUACAGCCAGUGCAUC